CGAGAAAAUAGAAUGAAAGGUGUCCCAUCUUCCCCAACCCUAUAUAUGCAGGUUACAUAGCAGAAUAUAUUUGACAGAUAUUAUAUAUCCUGUUCUAUAUUUUAUUGUAUUGAGUUUAAUAGAAGAAUCUGUUUUCAAUCUUUUGUGUUCAUUAAACUGUCUGUUACGUAUUGAUGACGUCAUAGUGAUGACGUCAGUGGCGCCGACAGCGAACGACAGCUUGGGCGGUCGAAGUGUUGGUUUAAGUGAAAUCUUAAAAACAAAGAACGGAAAUGACGUCACAGGUCGAAAUGACGUCAUCACACGAGAUGACGUCACGAAGAAAGUUAAGAUAAACUGGAACCGACGGUUCAGGAAAGAGCUUAGCUUCGGUAUGAUCGGUUUGGACGAAAAAAUGCCUCGGAAAUUUGCAACGUCUGCGUGGACGGAGUCACACACUCCCUACAUCGUAUACAGAACAAUUUGUUUCAUCCACGCGGUGGCGGUGUUGAGUUGGAAAGCUUCGAUUGAAAGCAUGAAGCCGGAAACUGAACAAAUGCCGUGGAUUCUGAGUUUCCCCGCAUGGACGUUUAUUCUCUACACAACCUACCACACGUUGGCGCUAGUACUCGCUACUUUUGAGUUUUUCCACGAUUGUCUUUGCAACGACGAUCUAGAUUGGUACCACAAGCUAUGUUGGGUGUUACAAAACGUGAGCUUUAACGGUUCAGUCUCGUGUUUUAUCGGGUCUGUUGUUUACUAUUUAUCCGUAGCGGCUUCUGAUCUACAAUUUAUGAAUUUGACAGAAUUUUUCAAAAGCGAUGACGUAAACCUCUACGUCAUAAGCGGGACUGUGAUGAUAAUAGACACCUUUAUUACAAACACUUCAGUUCGUAUCCUACACGUGAUAUACCCGGUCCUAUAUUACGUCAUUUAUUUUGUAUUUCAUAUUUACCGCUGGGGGUCGGGCCUUACCCCUAAGCUCAGGGUUCUCGACUAUGGGACUUUCCCUGAUUCGGCAGUGCCUUUCGCCAUAAUAACCGUUCUGGUCUACUGCCCAUUCAUACACGUCAUCGCCUACGUCAUCGACACGCUAAGAUGGAAGUUACUGAUCACGUGCGUACGACGUCACAGAAAACGUCUCCAUGACGUCAUGAGAGCGGCGGAAACAAGGGCGACAUCUAACGACAGCAGAUUCAUGAGCGCUGGAGGUUAUUCAAGAAUGCAAACAACAAGAGAAACAGUAGAAGGGAAACAAUGGGAAAGUGCAAACUAGAUUUGAACCAGCGUUAUAUAAACAUAUAUUCUAAAUGGGUUGGGCCCCAUGAUUUAGCCCAGAGUUGCCCAUUACCCCAACAUUGUAUAUGCACAUUCUAUUCUAUAUGGGUGAGCUCAUUGUCAAGGACCUGAGUUUUUAGGUCAUAUUUGGCUCAUUAUAACAUACAUCCUAAUGGCGUUAUAACAUACAUCCUAAUACAAUAAUAAUCCAGUUAUGUGCUACCAUCUAUUCUAGAACCCACUGUGGCAGUUUAUUGAAACUUAUAAACCGUGUAAGAUCCUAAAGCCGGGCAAGCAGUGGGACCUGAUACGUAUAAGCCAGAGUUGGCACGUUACCCAACACACGAGGUGCUACCAUACUGGACCCCACUGAUGCAGUAUAGGGAUACUCAAUGCUAAACAUAUUAAGAAAAAAUCAAUAAACUAAUGUACAUUUGCAAUUGA